AUGCGGCUCCCAGGUGGGAGCCUGCAAAUCCACACGGGCACGUGGGUGCCUCGAACGGGCUCCCAGGACGGCAGAGCCCAGCAAGGGCAUCAGCGGGGUGCAACAGCCUGGGCUCUCCGAGGAGCUCCGGGGAUCCGCACAACCAAACCCGCUGAAAACCGUGUCCCGGCGUCGCGGGCUGCGCUGACCCUGCCUCUGCCUUGCCCGGCAGAUGUUUGCCCUAAAAAACAUCUGCUGAUGGAGACUCCAGGCUCUUCCCAGGCCAAUUUGUUCGCUGCUGCAAGAUCCCAAGUGAAAACAGGGAAGACUCAUCUACUCUCAGCUGAGAAGGAAUCUUUGAUCGGAAGGAAUUUUGGGGCUCGGGAGGCGUUUCUGCAGAAACGCUCGGGCCAGCCCGCUGCCGCGUGGAAGGCUGCGCGCCACGCUAAGGAAUUAAAUCACUCCUCUCAGGUUUGGAAGCUUCCUGGAGCGUUAAGCACGGGAUCAGCCACAGACACUUCCACAAUAAGGAUGCUGGUGAUUCACCCUGCACACGUGGCUUUGCGUGUUACUGCUGCAGUGUGCGCAGUGCUGAGGAGAGCGCGGUUAGAGGUAGCAUUAAAACUUGGAAAAGAGGAAAGAACUAAAGCUGCAGACGGAGAUCUGGAGUCAGCCCGACACGAGGCGCAGCCGGUUAAUUCUGUUUCUUCUCCUCACCCCCUGGUAGAGUUGUCUGAAUCUUCGGAGCCGCCGCGCCGCCCCCACACCACAAAUAAGAGCCGGCAGCAGCUGCAGCGAGAAAAAGCCCUCCAGGAGCAGUGUGAGAAACUGGGAGUGCAGGAUGGAGCCACCUCUGCUCUUCCCGAGCAGCUGCUUUCCGUACCAGAACGCAAGUCUUGUCAUCCUCAACAGCCUGUGGCACCAACUCAUGCCUCUUCAAAGGGAGACCAAAGGCAACAUGACAGCCAAGAGCAGCAAAAGGAACUGAGGCUGGGGGACCCCUGUAGUAGCAAUGAAAAUGCCCAGAACCUCCCUGCAAAGCCAAACUUGAAAGCGGAGAAAAAGAAAGUGGAAUUGUUAGUAAGUCGGCAGGAGAAAUCACGAUGGGAAAUCCUCCAGCAGGAACAGCGGCUGAUAGAAGAGAAGAAUAAACGCAAGAAAGCCCUCCUGGCCAAAGCUAUUGCUGAGAGAUCCAGAAGAACGCAAGCUGAAACAGUGAAACUAAAGAGGAUUCAGAAGGAGUUGCAAGCUCUGGAUGACCUGGUAUCCGCUGACAUUGGAAUCCUGCGGAACAGAAUUGAUCAGGCAAGCUUAGACUACUCCUAUGCCCGGAAACGGUAUGAUAAGGCGGAGUCGGAAUACGUGGCAGCCAAGCUGGACCUGCAACACAAGACGGAGAUUAAGGAGCAUCUCACAGAGCACCUGUGCACAAUCAUACAGCAGAAUGAACUCCGCAAGGCCAGGAAGCUGGAGGAGUUAAUGCAGCAGCUGGAAGUGGAGGCUGAUGAGGAAAGUCUGGAACUUGAGAUAGAGGUGGAACGGAUGCUGCAGCAGCAGGAGGCAGAAGUGGGGAGACAAGCUAGCCAGUCACAAAAUCAUGCCAGGAUGGCUAAAGAAAGCCCUACACCCGGUGCUACAGCAAGAGGGAAUGGGAGUGCUGAACGUACUGCUGCUUCCCCUGCUAUUUCUGAACAGUCAGUGCAGUGUGAAAGCUCCCAGAGCAAGUCCCUCUCCAAUAUGGACAGCCCAGCUCAAGCAGCGACGGCGACUGCAGACGACCACCCAGCUUGCUCUGAUACAUGA